CCCGUUGUCAGAGUGUAUAGUCGGGAUUUUUCUCCUUAUUUUUUUAACUCUAAACUAUGUCUAGCGACGAAGAGAAUCGUUUUGAUAGAGGCGAUGAGAUACGAGAAUAUAAUUCCGACAAUGAGGAAACGUCAAACGUCGAAAAUAGCCAAACAUUAGAUGAUAUAUCGGGGCCAUCGAAUGACAAUCAGAGUGCCAACGAACAUGCUUCGGCCAGCGAUGAGCAACCGGGUAAGAUCAUGGAAGACGAGUUACCACAUUCUGGCAACACAAUAUCCUUCAAAACAAAGUUUGAAUCUCAAAAAAGCGAUGAGGAAAGACGCGCAGAACGACGACGUGAGAGACGCCGCCGUCGAAAACUGACCGAAGAGGAGGAUGGUCCUAGCGAGGGGACGGCAAAAACGACAGCCAAUAAGUUUGAGAACGGAGAAAUUGAUGAUGUGCAUUUUCAGAAGACGGACACAAGUCAUGAUUCCAUGGCACAAUCGGGAACGGUCAUGUCAACUACUGAAAAAUUCAAAUCGGGCAAAUAUCGCAGCGAGUCUGAAGAUGAAAGCAAAACAAACAAAACUGAAGACGUUGAAGUUGUUGAAUCGGGUACAGCAGCCGCUCGGAGGAAGGCGCUGGAGGAUUACGCUGAGGAAACCAAGAACGGUCAUACGAACAGUCCUAAAGUUCUAGAAGAAGAUGCACCUGUCCUCAAACCUGGUCGAGCCGCCAACACACGCGCAAAACUUGAGAAGAUGUCUUCCGAGGAGAAAGUACUAGAAAAGGAAGUCGAUUUCAAUACUCCUAAAUCAGGAACAGCCUCUGCACGACGUGCUAGGUUUGAGGAGAGAGCAAGACAAGCAUCUGUUGAGGAAGCUCCCAGGCAGACCGCGAGGACUGCAAGACGCAGUAAAUGGCCUGAACCGAACACUAAUUAUCGUCAACGACGCGGGGAAUUGAGAAAGAGCACGUCCACUGAUGAAGAAGCCUGUAGCAGCGUUGAGAGAAUGAAUGCUAAGAACAUUGAAAAAAGUUUUGAUAAUGUGGACGGACAUCAUGAGAGGGAAGAUGUAAGGUCGCCUAGUACCACAGAGGCUUCGAGUGAUGAAGCCCCGAAAUCGCCAGUGAAAACGUCCGAAAUUCGGAACAAACUCGUGAAGAUGUUAUCAGGCAGCGAGGAUGAGCGAUCUGCGUCGCCACCUGCGGACCUCGGAAAUGCUCGCCCAGUGGCCGGCACUGCCCGUAACCUGCGCGCACGAUUCGAGGGGAACAAACAAACGGAAGAGUCGCAUUUCCAUUCGAAGAAGCCCAGUAUAAACUCGCGCGCCGGCUACGCUUCCAGAGUACGGGAGAAGUUUGAAAGUGGUGAAGUUUCACACAGACGACCAUCAACUGCAGAAGAAGACGACGACAGUGUCACGACUGACCCAGAGACGAGAAGACGACGAGCGUCGAGUACUCGAAGUGUUGAAGCAGAAACUAGCAUGAUGAGUCGCAGUGCCAAAGAGUUACGAAACCGCUUCGAAAAUCCCUCUCAAAACACGCAAGUUGUAAAGCGCAAUUUCGUUCUGCGUCCAAAAGCAAGUACGGCAAAUAUCACGGCAAAAUUCAACAAGACAGCACCUGCUACCAACAAAUGCACUGCUUGCAGCAAGACUGUCUACCCUAUGGAGAUGAUCACUGCAGAUGAUAAGUCGUUCCAUAAAAAGUGCUUUAAGUGCACUGAAUGUAAAGCCACUCUGAGGCUUGGCAACUACGCAGCCUUGCAAGGCCAGAUAUAUUGCAAACCUCAUUUUAAGCAGUUGUUUAAAGUGAAGGGGAAUUAUGAUGAAGGAUUUGGACGGCAGCAACACAAAAAACAUUGGGAGGAAAAGACGAAGAAUGAAAAUGCAUCUGAAGAUCAGAAAUCUGAAGAAAAUCAUGAGGUUGACUCAAAUGCGAAUAUCAAAGUGGAUGCCGACGACACCCCUCAUGAAAAUGGUUACGAUCACCCCCCGGAAGAGCAUACUAAUGGGUACGACUCAGCCGGUCACGAGGAUGCUUUUAUUAGCGAUGAUGCUCUUGAUGACGGGAUCACGACAUAAUUUCACGCGUGGAACAAGCGUGAAACACGCGAGCCUGGCUUAGCGGAACUUGAGGUGGCUCAAUGAGGUUUCUUAAAAAAGAAAUACGUACUAUUCUUUCAGUAUGCGUUAGGCGUAUCUUUUUUGUCAACAAAUAACUUACCAAAACUUACCUUUCUUAGUUUAGUUUAGCCAAUUUUAUAUUUCAACAGAUGUUAGUAUAGAACUGGGAACCUGGGAACAUCAUUCAGCCACCUUAACAAAGCUAUUGUCGCUUGCGAACACAUUCGAGUUUCAAUUAUUCAUGAUAUUUCCAUUAUAUUUCAUCAAUGACAUUUCAUCCAUUCUUUUCAUGUAUUUAAUUUUAACAUCAGAAAUGACAUCGAAAGUAUUCUUUCUUCAUUGUAGCUUGCAUGAGUAUAGUUUUACGUUCUAAAAUACGAGAAAUUGGUUUGAACUAUCAAGGAUUCUCUGGUAUUAGAACAAGGAAAAGUGGCUUGUAUACAAUAAUUUUUAAUUAAAAAGAGAAGUUGAUAGUGGUAACCACAGGUGUUGUUAAAGAAUUUCUGUGUUUCACAGGUCAAUACUUUGUUGUGAGUUGUGAUUAAAAACUACUCAUGCGCAGGACAAAACGCAACAAUCGGUAUCGACUUAUUUCAAAAUUAGAUUAAUCAAUUGCUUUAUUCAUUUCAACACAGUAGAAACUGAGGGUAUAAUUGAUGUUCGUAUUUCUUUCGUAAUAUUCAAUUGUAAAUUAUGUGUGAUGUAAAAAUAGAUUAUAUGGUUAGGAAUUUUAUUAAAACUAUUUUCAGUUGUAAAUUAUAUUUUGCAAAAGAG